AUGAGGUGGCUCUCUGUGGUAGCAUGCCUUGCUAUGGGCACCAAUGCUCUAUCAAUCCCCUCCUGGCCCAUCGAAGAACGAGCAACCAAGAACUGUCCAACCAAUCUCUCUGGAGCAUUUGAAUUCCCUCAUUUGAUCAUCCCAGUCAAUUCUUCUGCACCCAAGGUUGCCAAAGGAACUUCAUACUACGGAGAAGUUUCAUCAACGAUCUCAUCCAUCUUCAACUUUGACAUUCCUACCCAAGGUCCCAACCUCUGCACUCUAGUCUUCUUAUUCCCCAGCGUGGAGGGACGUCCUGCCUGGACCUACACCUUUGAGGGAGACGGCAAGGUUGGCAUGGCUAGACUGGAGGCCCCCGCAAACGAUGGAACCACCUUUGAGAAUGCACCAAAGGUAGCUGCAGAGCUCGGCACAUCAACUCUUGCCGCCGGGACCUCCACCGUUGUUACCUCCUUCGACUGUCCGUUUGGGCAGAGAAUUGCUUUCAAGAUGUCCAAUGCUGGAAACACCAAUCUCAAGUACUUCCAGGACUAUGGCAACCCCCCAAUCGGGCUUUACAUCACUCGCUGCGCAAAGUAA